UUUUUUAUUUUAAAGUUUUCGCGGUUAUAUCCCAAAUUUUUCUUCUUCAAUUUCAAUUUCUUCAUCUUAAUUAUUAUAAUCAAACCAAUAUUAUCUUCUCUUAAUCUUCUUCACUGCUCGGCUUCUGUGCUUCGAUCGCUUCGCUUUCGCCUCUUCUCUUCUUCUUCUUCUUCUUCUUGUUGGCGCAGCCUCAUCACCAAUGCCUCGUCAAUCAGCUUCUCUUUGAUCGGCGAGUUACUAACUUCGCAUCUCCUUCGUUCGCUUCUUUGUUUCAGAUCUUUUGCUUCUGCUCUCGAUUAGGGCUGGGGAAUUAAAAUUUGUCAACUGUGAGGUGUUUUUAAAGUUGAAAUGAAGGUUUAAUUUGUUUGCGAUUUUGAAAUUGUGUUUUCUUUGCUUUCCUACUUGGUUUCUCAGCAUUCAGGUUUCAGACUAUUGAGGUAGUCAUUUAUGGCCCCGACAAGAAAAUCUAAAAGUGUAAAUAAGCGGCAUUCAUAUGCUAGUGAAGUCGCGUCCAAGAAAAAAGGCGAAAAUGCUGACAAAAGUGGGCAGCGGAAGAGGAAGCUAUCCGACAUGUUAGGGCCACAAUGGAGCAAGGAAGAACUUGAGCGUUUCUAUGAAGCCUAUCGUAAAUAUGGAAAAGACUGCAAAAAGGUAGCUGCUGCAGUGCGUAACCGGUCUGUGGAAAUGGUUGAAGCACUUUUCACUAUGAAUAGGGCUUACUUAUCUCUUCCAGAUGGCACUGCUUCAGUAGUCGGAUUAAUAGCGAUGAUGACUGAUCAUUACGGUAUUCUGGAAGGAAGUGACAGUGAACAAGAAAGUGAUGAGGGUACAGGGGCAUCUCAAAAAUCGCAGAAGCGUGCUGGUGGAAAAUUUCAAAAUCACACCACAAAAGGAUCAGAUGAACCAUUUCCAGAUCUUCUCCAAUUCCAGUCAGCUGCAUCAAAUUAUGGAUGCCUGUCAUUGUUGAAGAAGAGGCGUUCUGGAAGUAGGCCUCGUGCUGUUGCAAAAAGGACUCCUCGUGUCCCUGUUUCAUAUUCUUAUGACAAAGAUAAUACGGAGAAGUAUCUUUCACCAAUUAGGCAGGGACUGAAACCAAGGGUAGGUACUAUUGAUGAUGAUGUUGCUCAUGAGAUAGCAUUAGCAUUGACAGAGGCUUCUCAAAGAGGUGGUUCUCCUCAAGUUUCUCAAACACCAAAAAGAAAAAGGGGAACACCAUCACCUGUUCAGAAUAAUGUUAGGAUGCAUGAUGAAUCAGAAAUGACCAGCUCCAAGCUUCGUGGUAGUGAAAUGGAUGAGGAUGGUUGUGAAUUAAGCUUAGGGAGCACAGAAGCUGAUAAUGGAUACUAUGCUCGGGACAGAAGUCAUUUGAUGGACACAGAAAGUGCUGGUACUUUUAAAGGUCAACAAAAAGGAAAGAGAAGCCAUAGCAAGAGGCCAAAAUUAGAAGAAAGUGUAAACAAUCAGUUGGAUGACAUAAAGGAAGCCUGUAGUGGGACAGAAGAAGGACAGACAUUGGGUGCUGUUAAGGGCAAAUUUGGAACUGAGAUUGAUGAAAAAAUUUCAAGGUCCACUUAUAAGGGUUCAAGGAAGAGGAGUAAAAAGGUUUUGUUUAAAAGAGAUGAAGGCUCUGCCUUCGACGCCCUGCAAACAUUGGCAGAUCUGUCAUUGAUGAUGCCAGAAACAACUGUUGACACUGAGUCAUCUAUUCAGUUAAAGGAAGACAAGCCUAUUGACGAGUCUAAGUUGAAGGGGUAUCAUUCAAGUCCGGGAGCUAAAGUCACUGCCUGUAAAACAUCUAAGCUGGGAAAAUAUCGCACUGAUAACAAUAGUGGUGUACCAGAAGCAGAGGAGGGAAAUCAUCGGACAAAUGCUGGAAGCCGUACAAAGAGACAAAAGUUCUUGCCAUUUAAGCUAAGGAUGGAUAUUCCAAAACCUGAAGAUAAUACUGAUUCUCAUUUGGACAAAUCUCAGAAAAUUGAGGCUACAGAUGAGUUGAAGAAGUUUGUGAGUAAAGGUAAGCGCACUCACAGUUCAGUGCAACCCAAACAAGGAAAAUUGGUGAAACCUCCUGAAUGUACUUCAAGUACUGGUCAGAGAAAGGAAUUGAAUAAUUCAGGUCCAUCAAGCACACAAGUUAUAUCAACAAGCAAGAUCAAUGUACCCACCAAAGUCAGGAGCAGGCGUAAGAAUACUCCACAAAAACUCCUGAUCGAGAAACAUACAAAGUCUUCUGAGGAUCUUUUAAAUGGCCAAUCUUAUAAAGCAGUUCCUUCUCUUAAUGAGAAAACAUUAAAACUAAAGGAUCAGCUUUCUGGUUGCCUAUCUUGGUACCUAGUACGGAGAUGGUGUGUUUUCGAGUGGUUCUACAGUUCAGUUGAUUACCCAUGGUUUGCUAAAAGGGAGUUUGUCGAGUACUUAGAUCAUGUAGGGUUGAGUCAUGUGCCAAGAUUAACUCGUGUUGAAUGGGGUGUCAUUAAGAGUUCCCUUGGCAGGCCACGGAGGUUUGCUGAGCCAUUCUUGAAGGAAGAAAGAGAGAAGCUUUAUCAAUACAGGGAAUCUGUCAGAAAUCAUUAUUCCGAACUUCAUGCUGGUACUAGGGAAGGACUUCCCACUGAUUUAGCCCGACCUUUAUUUGUUGGACAACAGAUUAUUGCUCUCCAUCCAAGGACAAGAGAGAUUCAUAAUGGAAGUGUACUAACUGUUGAUCGCAGUCAAUACAGGGUUCAGUUUGGCCGAUGUGAUCUAGGGGUUGAGUUUGUCAAGGAUAUCGAUUGCAUGCCUUUAAAUCCAUUUGAAAAUAUGCCUGCAUCUCUUACAAGACAAAAUGUUGCCUUCGGUAAAUUUAUUGAGAAUCUCAAUGAGCUCAAAAUGUAUGUGCAACCAAGAGAAAGGAAUAUGGAAGGAUACAUGAAAUUCGCCCCAUGUGAGAACCUGGAGAACACCAAUGGUCCAUCUCAUAUGUCCCCUUCGACUAAUUAUCACAUCAACAAUUUAUUACAGCAGCAAAAGGUUAAAGUUGGGCCUGGUGAAAUUAUUAAUGCCCAGCAUACGGCCUUGCAGCCUUCUAUUACUGUGCAGUUCCAAGCGAAGCAAGCUGAUGUCCAAGCUCUUUCUGAAUUGACUCGUGUUCUUGACAAAAAGGAGGCUGUGGUGUCUGAGUUGAGGCGCAUGAAUGAUGAGGUGUUGGAAAACCAAAGGGAUGGUGACAACUCUUUUAAGGAUUCAGAACUUUUUAAGAAACAAUAUGCUGCUAUAAUCUUACAGCUAAACGAAGUCAAUGAGCAGGUUUCUUCUGCUCUCCUUUGUUUGAGGCAGCGCAAUACAUAUCAAGGGAACAUCCCUCUUAUAUGGUCAAAGCCCAUGGCCAGCUUAGGUGACCCCAGUGCCCACUCAAGCUCUUUUGAUUACUCCGCAUACCAAACCCAAGAAUCUGGGUCUCAUGUGGCUGAAAUUGUUGAAAGUUCAAGAACUAAAGCCCAGAAAAUGGUUGAUGCUGCUGUGCAGGCAAUGUCAUCUUUGAAAAGUGGAGGAAAUGGCAUUGAGAAGAUUGAGGAUGCCAUGGAUUUUGUAAAUAGGCUUUCAGUGGAUGAAUUAGGUGCCCUUCCACGCUUCUACCCCGUAGAUUCAGUUCACGGCACUCUUACUUCACGGGUUCAGGAUCAGCUUAACACCUGCACAUCAAACCCAUUGGUGAAUAAUCAUGCACCCGAUUCUAAGUUGAACAAUUUGUCUGAUGAAAAUGCGGCACAAAUUCCUUCAGAACUAAUUGCAAAUUGUGUAGCUACCUUUCUCAUGAUUCAGAAAUGUACAGAACGACAGUUCCCUCCCGGAGAUGUUGCACAGGUACUAGAUUCAGCUGUUACAAGUUUGCAACCAUGUUGUUCACAGAAUCUUCCAAUUUAUGCAGAGAUUCAGAAAUGCAUGGGAAUCAUUAGAAAUCAAAUAUUGGCUCUCAUACCGACGACAUAGUCCUCCCAUUCUCGACAUCUUGUAUGUAAAAUCUGUAUGCUCUCGUGUUGAAUUUUGUGUCAUGUCAGGUUUUGAAUGUGUCCAUUGACACAUUUUAUUUGAUAAUUAUUCUUAUAAAACCUGAAAUAGGGAUUCUAUACUUGUAUCAAAAUAGCGAAGAAAAACCUUUCAAAAUAAGAGUAGCUGAGAAAUUACGAGCGAUUUAUGUUUUCAGACUCUGAAGCAAACUGUGUAAUUAAUAAUGAUUCUCAUGUUGUCUUCAAUAUAUGCAAUGGAAUGGCUCCUUGAAAUAUAACACAGUUUAAU